AUGUGGGCACGGGCGGUGCGGGGACGUUUCCCGGCUGCCCUGCCCCGGGGCCGAGGCUUCGCUUCCAAAGCGGACCCACAGGGAAAGGUCCAGGCUGCGGGGCCGGGGACCCACACUCCACGCCUCGCCCCGCAGGGCGGCGGCCCCGUGCCCGCCGCGAAAAUCGAACAUCUGGAGCGCCUGGCGCUGGUGAACUUCGGCAGCCGCGAGGCGGUGGCCCGGCUGGAGAAAGCCAUCGCCUUCGCCGAUCAGCUGCACGCCGUGGACACCGACGGCGUGGAGCCCCUGGAGUCGGUACUGGAGGACAGAUGUCUCUACUUGAGAUCUGACCAUGUAGCAGAAGGCAACUGUACUGAAGAACUACUACAGAAUUCCCGUCACGUCGUGGAGGAGUACUUUGUGGCCCCGCCAGGUAAUAUUCCUUUGCCAGACAUGGUAAACAAGAUCCCUUCUCCCACAGCAGAGUAGCUGUUCUGGGAAAGGGGAACCCUAUCAAGAUGAUGGACUCACAAAGGUGGUCAUUUACUACUGUGAAUUCUAGUGUAAACCGGACAUUAUGACUUCUUGGUAGCUGUUCUGAGGACAGAAGCAGAAAACACCCAGCUAAAAGAUCACCACAAGCCUGCUUCAAAGGAAAGGGAUCAAGUACUCACAGGCUGUUCUGUGUGGAAAACACCCUCCUGCAUCCCCUCCUAAAACCACUAUCAGAACGUA